AUGAGUGGAGAAUUUGAUUUUCGGGCAUUACUGCUCAAAAUACAAGAUCGUCUAUCCGACAACGAUCGACUUCGUUUUCUUUUUCUUCUUGGUGAAGACGUUCCCAGAUAUGUGCGUGAUGAUCCACCACUUAUUGGAGCGCUUCGUGCACUGGAAUCUCUUUUCGACAAGGCAAUAAUCAACGCUCAAGAUUGUGAUUACCUUAUUAAAGCAUUCAAGACAAUAGGUUGUAAUGAUGCUGCAAAACGGCUUCAAGUGGUUCCCAAUAUUCCUACCAAUGCGCGAUGGGCACAAAAUGGGACGACUGUUGCUGGAGGCCCUGGCCCUGGCUCUGCUGCUGAUCGACUCUUCUACCCUUAUGGUCUUUCCAUUGAUGAUGAUCAAACGAUGGUCAUCGCUGACUCAUGGAACCAGCGUAUUAUGCAGUGGAAAAUGGGUGAUAAGAUCGGACAAGUGGUAGCUGGUGGCCAUGACAACGGAAGUCGACUGAAUCAAUUGAAUUAUCCAACCGAUGUUUUGAUCGAUAACGAGACGGAUAGACUCAUUAUCUGUGAUCGAGAUAAUAGUCGAGUCGUACAAUGGUCUCGUUCUAGUGGCACCAUUCAAGGAGAAAUCCUUAUGGACAAUAUCGCUUGUUGGGGGUUGACUAUGGAUGCUCACAGAUGUCUCUAUGUUCCUGACUGGAAAAAACAUGAAGUUAGACGAUAUGAAAUAGGAGAGAAGCAUGGAACGGUUGUGGCUGGUGGCCAUGGCCAAGGUGCUGCUCUCAAUCAACUCAACGAACCUACCUACAUCUUUGUCGAUCAACAACAAACUGUAUACGUGUCAGACAACAACAAUCAUCGUGUGAUGAAAUGGAAUAAAGGUGCAACAGAAGGAAUUAUCGUCGCUGGGGUUCAAGGCUACCAGAAUGCUCUGUCACAAAUGCGGCAUCCUAACGGACUGUUCGUCGAUACGUUGGAUACCGUCUAUGUGGCAGACACAUAUAAUCAUCGAGUUAUGCGUUGGCCUAAAGGAGCGAAAGAGGGCACUGUUAUUGUGGGUGGAAAUGAUAAAGGCCCGCGAGCUGAUCAGUUCAACUUGCCGACAGGUUUGUCCUUUGAUCGCCAUGGUAAUCUGUAUGUCGCCGACCGUUUGAAUAGUCGAGUUCAACAAUUUACUAUCGAGUAA